CCCCCCUCUCGCCGAGCUUCAGCAUGGCGGCGUCGACCUUCCAGGUGACGUGUCUGCUGCUGUGUACUUCGGCGUGUCUGCUCGGUGGCGGUCGAUCCGCACCGGACGCCUCGGGCCUGCCUCUGGCCAUCCGCGUGCCACUGCGGCAAGGCGCGCGGCCCUCGCCGCCCUCGCCGCCGCCGCCGCCGCUGCGGCCCGCUGCCGCCCCCGCGGCCGCGUCGCGCAGGCGGAGAGGGGCGGCAGCGCGCAGCGUCAGCUUCGUGGACAUGGUGGACAACCUGCGUGGGAAGUCCGGCCAGGGCUACUACGUGGAGAUGGCCGUGGGCUCUCCUCCGCAGAAGCUGAACAUCCUGGUGGACACAGGAAGCAGUAACUUCGCUGUCGGGGCGGCGGCUCAUCCCUUCCUGCGCCGAUACUACCGGCGUUCGCUCUCCAGCUCGUACCGCGACCAGGGCAGGAGCGUGUACGUUCCCUACACUCAGGGCCGGUGGGAGGGGGAGCUGGGCACCGACCUGGUCUCCGUCCCUCAUGGCCCCAACGCCUCGCUGCGCGCCAACAUCGCCGCCAUCACCCAGUCGGAUCGCUUCUUCAUCAAUGGAUCCAACUGGGAGGGAAUCCUGGGGCUGGCCUACGCUGACAUAGCCCGGCCUGACGAGAGAUUGGAGCCUUUCUUUGACUCUCUGGUUCGGCAGACUCCCGUCCCCAACCUCUUCUCUCUCCAGUUGUGCGGAGCCGGCUUCACCCAAAACUAUUCCCUGGGCAGCGCUACUGUCGGCGGCAGCAUGAUCAUCGGAGGAGUGGACCCAUCGCUGUACGUGGGCGAGCUUUGGUACACGCCCAUUCGCAGGGAGUGGUACUACGAGGUCAUCAUCGUACGCAUCGAGGUGAACGGGCAGGACCUCAACAUGGACUGCAAAGAGUACAACUAUGACAAGAGCAUUGUGGACAGCGGCACCACCAACCUCCGGCUGCCCCGCAAGGUCUUCCAGGCCGCAGUCAAAGCCAUCGAAGCAGCCUCUUCGACCGAACAGUUCCCCUCCGGGUUCUGGCUCGGAGAGCAGCUGGUGUGUUGGCAGGCCGGCACUACACCCUGGCACAUCUUCCCGGUCAUCUCCCUCUACCUGAUGAGUGAAAACCACAACCAGUCCUUCAGGAUCUCCAUCCUGCCGCAGCAAUACCUGCGGCCGGUGGAGGACGUGGCCUCGGCCCAGGAGGACUGCUACAAGUUCGCUGUGUCCCAGUCCAGCACCGGCACCGUGAUGGGGGCCGUCAUCAUGGAGGGCUUCUACGUGGUCUUCGACCGCGAAAGGAAACGCAUCGGCUUCGCCGUCAGCACCUGCCACGUGCACGACGAGUUCCGCACGGCCUCCGUGGAGGGCCCGUUCCACGGCGUGGACCUGGAGGACUGCGGCUACAACAUCCCUCAGACGGACGAGUCCACCCUCAUGACCAUCGCCUACAUCAUGGCGGGAAUCUGCGCUCUCUUCAUGCUGCCGCUGUGUCUGAUGGUGUGCCAGUGGCGCUUCGCCCGCUGCCUCCACCCACACGGGGACUUUGCCGACGACAUAUCGCUGCUGAAGUGAAGCGGGAGGCGAGCAGGGCGGGGAUGGAACGUGGCGAAAAUACAUUUUUUUUUAAAAAGAGACAAGUACGUCGCUGCAAAGCGCCAGGUGUUGACAGAGAGCUUUAAGAGGUUCGGGAAUACGAUAUGUAGAGUAUAGCAAGCGCCGGCGUACAGCGAGCAGAGCAUUGAAGGAUAACGAGAGCCAUUCCUAACCUGAGGGACGGACGAGUGAACGCUGGCGUCGUCCCGUUCGAGCCCCCCUAUGCAGAUCGGGGGAGAUGCCAAACAAAGCUCCUUGUUCUAAAGCGAUGUGUAAUUAAGACUGGAGAGGUGGAUUGGAUUAAAGAGAGAAAUGAUCAUUUACCAAACCGGGAAAAGUGAAGAAAAUCACGACCUGGUGCACGUUGGUGUGAUUCCCACAGACGAGUGUGUGGCUACAUGUGGCCGUGAAUCGAUGUGCUCUCUGUUGUUUAUGAGGGGGGUGAAACCGGUCGAUGUGUGUGAGCAUGCCUGUACGUGUGAACAGCUGUAGUGCUAAAUGAGGAGUAUACGGAAAGAUUUAAUGUGAAUUGAAAUUAUACUACUACGAGUACUAAAAGCAUCUAUGAAUUUAAACUAUUUUGCUUUAUGCCAGCAAAGAAUCCUGCUACGCCAAUUAAGCAUUAAGAGGUUCAUUUGGUGAAAUAUCUUAUUGGAACAGAAUUUAUCGCAUUAAAUCGGUUUUGCCGGGUGGAAAACUGAGACUACUGAAUGCCACCAAUACCAGAUGUCAUUUUCUCUUAUUAUAUUGAUAGCUUAAAUGUAUUUAUUGUAAAUAAAAUGUGCGUGUACCAGAUGUUCUAUUUGCGCAGACACUUACACACAGACACUUACACGUUGUUGAUCGUACCGCUGCGCCAUUUGAUGAUUUGCACAUGUAACAGCUCAUCACAUGUUAACUAACCAGGACUUAACAGGGCUUCUUCACCACAUCUCUCAAUGGGGACCACAUAUGUAUGCUCGGAACAAGGAAACCAGCCCAAAUAUGUUAUACACGUAAGAAUAUUAUGUAUGUCUGUAAUGAACAGUUUGUUUUGUCUCACAGCAAACUGUAAAUGGAUCAACUCAGAACCGCAUAUUUAUCUGUCUGGUGCUGGCAGCACUGUGGAAUCAAUAAAGUACUUAUUGUAACUGUGA